AAUUUAAGUUGAAGAAAAUGUGGAAGUCCCCAAAUGGCACCAUCCGCAACAUCCUUGGAGGCACUGUGUUCAGAGAAGCUAUCAUCUGCAAGAACAUCCCCCGCCUUGUGCCUGGAUGGCAGAAGCCCAUCGUCAUUGGCCGUCAUGCACAUGCUGAUCAAUACAAAGCAGUGGAUUUUGUGGUACCCGGUGCAGGCAAACUUGAAAUCAGCUGGACCCCUGCCGCAGGUGGUGAUGCAAUCCACCACAUUAUUCACAAUUUUGAUGCAGCAGGAGUUGCUCUUGGCAUGUUCAACACAGAUGAGUCUAUCAGAGGAUUUGCUCAUGCGUCCAUGGUGUAUGCCCUUGACCGUAAAAUGCCCCUGUACAUGUCCACCAAGAACACCAUCCUCAAGAAAUAUGAUGGACGUUUCAAAGAUAUCUUCCAAGAGAUUUACGACAGUGAAUACAAGGGCAAGUUUGAAGCUGCAGGUAUCUGGUAUGAGCACCGCCUGAUUGAUGACAUGGUUGCGCAAGCUAUGAAGAGUGAGGGUGGCUUUGUGUGGGCCUGUAAGAAUUAUGAUGGAGAUGUGCAGUCAGACUCUGUUGCACAGGGCUUUGGAUCACUGGGCAUGAUGACCUCGGUACUGGUGUGCCCUGAUGGGAGAACUCUGGAGUCUGAGGCUGCCCACGGCACUGUCACACGCCACUACCGCCAGCACCAGCAAGGCAAAGAGACGUCCACAAACCCUAUUGCCUCCAUCUAUGCCUGGACACGAGGUCUGGCCCACCGUGCCAAGCUGGACAAUAAUGAACCCUUGUCCAAGUUCUGUGCAACGCUUGAACAGGUGUGCGUGGAAACCAUUGAGGGUGGAGACAUGACCAAGGACUUGGCCAUAUGUAUCAAGGGAAUGGCAAACAUCACCCGCAGUGACUACCUCAACACCUUUGAGUUCUUGGACAAGCUGGCUGAGAACUUGCAGAAGAAGAUCACUGCCUGACUAUCCUUGCAGGAACAGUCACAUCACACUGCCAGGCUCUAAACGCAACAAGACAUUCCCCAGCCCCUUUGUCUAAUAUUAAAAAUUGUGUCCCAGUGUCCCUGGGGGAUUUUUUUUUUAUUGAUUCUGGUGCUUUUAAAAAUAUUUUAAACCUGUAUUAGGGACCAGAUAAUAAAUUUAGUAAAUUUUAA